CCCCUCCUUUAUAUUCAUUGGUUUCGGCCGCUACAGACUUUCGAUAGCGAUUUACAAACCUUCCGGCUGGUUAGAUCGUCACGCCAGCACCAACCAAAUGCUGUAGUUCUGCCGGCUGAUCUACUGCUUCGUCCGUGCCACCUAAUUCCAUGUUUCAGUCGUGAGGGAGUCGUCGAUGAGCCAAAACAGUUUUAUCUGAACAAGUAUAUUGACCUAGAAUUAUUUGAGCGCCUCUCAUGA